UCAAAUUGUAUGCAUGCUAAUUUUUUCUCGUGGCGUUUAUGAGUCGAGUGGUAUUUCCAUUGAGCUUAAACCGGGGAAAGAUUAGGAAAAAAUUGAAAGUCAAUUAGUGAUUCAAGGACUUGUUUGUAUUUCUCUCAGUGUACGUUCAGUGCUCGAGUGAACCAAGAUGAGUGAACAGAUCCGAAUUUAUUUCGACUUCGUCCUGCCUCUGGUCAAAAAGGCCGGAAAGGUCAUCCUCGAAGCCAAAAAUAUCGAAAUCGAAACCAAGGACGAAAUCUACGAUUUGGUCACAAUCUACGACCGGAAAGUCGAAGAAGUGCUCAUCAAAGAAAUCAAGGCAAAAUACCCCAAUCACAAGUUUAUUGGAGAGGAAGAAUCAUCAGCGCGGAGCGAAAUUUCGGAUUUGACCAACGACCCGACCUGGAUUAUAGACCCCAUCGAUGGGACGGCCAAUUUCGUGCGAAAUUUUCCCAUCACGUGUAUUUCCAUAGGGCUCACGAUCAACAAACAACCAGUGCUGGGCAUUAUCUACAACCCCUUCAUGGACGAACUCUACACGGCCAUGAAGGGACAAGGGGCGCACUUGAACGGAAAACGCAUCUUCACGAGCAAACAAACAGAUAUCCAAAAAUCGGUCCUCAACUACGAGCUAUCCUUGGCCCGGUCCGAAAAACACCGCGAGUUAUACAUGUACAGACUGACCCACUUGAUUGCGGUGAUCCAGGGAAUACGUUCGAUGGGUUCGGCCGCUUUGGGGCUGUGUUACGUGGCGCGGGGCUCAAUGGACGCCUACCAGUGCGAUGGGUUGUACCCAUGGGACGCCGCUGCCGGGGUUUUGAUAGUAACGGAGGCCGGUGGGGCUGUCGGCGACUCCACUUGGGGUAAAGAGUUCGAUCUCAUGAAACCGAAUUUCAUAGCAGCGGCCUCAAAGCCCCUUUUGGAUCAGUUCCUUCAAGUCGAAAAACGUGCCGAUGACGAAAGAUUGGCUGCACUGCUGGUUAAGAAGGCCAAUGUUGGAUGCAAAUAGUUUUUUUUAUUAGUUGUAAUUAUAAUUAUGCAAUAAACUUAAGGAAAUUGGUUCGGCA